AUGUAUUUCUUAAAACGUACUUGUGAUUUUAAAUCAAUAUGCACAAUUGUACGUUUAUCCAGUCAAAUACGAAAAUCGCACUACGACAUUCUCAAUUUACGCAAAAAUUGUUCAGACAAAGAAAUUAAAAAUGCAUUUAUACAAAUGAGUAAAGAGUAUCAUCCAGAUAAGAAUAAAGAUGCUAAAGCUCAAGAAAAGUUUGUUAAGAUUGUUGAAGCAUAUAGCAUUUUAGGUAAACCAAGCAGCAGGGCACAAUAUGACAAUAUAAUGGACAGCCAAGUAAAGACUCAUUCAUAUGUGUAUAGAACACAUACACCUUACAACUUGAGAAAGAAUACGGCAUAUAACUAUUAUGAGCAGCCUAACAGUAAAGCAAAUGAUGAAAAAACAGGAUAUUAUGGAGUGAAAGGUUUAAAAAAACUUUCAAAUCUGGCCAUAACAAUACUAUGUUUCACUGUAGCUAUGGUUGGAACUAUAAUACAACUUGUUGUAAUAAGACAGUCAUAUUUAGUACAUCGAAAGAGGACACAAGAAAAGGCAAAGAUUUUAGCGGACGAAUUAGAAAAAGUACGAGAAAAUGCAAAAGGGAAAACUAAUAGUAUGCAGACACAAGCGUUGUUAGACAAAAUCGUAAGUUCGUCAAACUCUACAGUGGCCACUGCGUCAUUAGGUCAAGCACUGGCCAAUGAGAAAAAUAAAUCAUAA